AUGAACCGGCUUUAUAAAUUUUCAUCUCCCACAUUUUUCUUUUCUUGCAUUCAACAACUGAACAUCAAAUAUAAUUUACCUUCUUCAUACUACCUUAUGGAUAACACUGACCGUCGUCGCUGUUGUAAGCAACACAAAGCCACUCUCCAAGACUCUGAAGAAGUGAGCAGUACUGACUGGGAGUUUAUCAAUAUGUCAGCACAAGAAGAAGAUCUCAUCUUUAGAAUGUAUAGACUUGUCGGUGAUAGGUGGGAUUUAAUAGCAGGACGAGUGCCAGGAAGACAACCAGAAGAGAUUGAAAGAUUCUGGAUAAUGAGAAGCAGUGAUAGCUUUGCUGAAAAACGACGACAACUUCACCAAUCUUUCUCUCAUAAAAAUAACAAACUUCAUCGUCCACUCCCCUCAAUUUAUCCUUCUUAG